CGGUCGAAGUAUUGCUAAUGGAUAACAUUGAGAAACACUAACAACAAUCUCGGCAGCAACCACCAAGGAGCUACGACUAGCUGACGAAGCUCCCAUUUCCGGCAUCAACCAAUCGCAACGAAGACUGAGCGGCAGAGAACGCCCCCAGAAUCCUUCUAGGUCAGCGGAGCCGAAGCGAAGAUAUCUGCGCGUCCUUUUCGUCAAAUAAGAAAACAUCUGUUAGUGAAUCCUUAACACCAACUACCAUGGCGAGCAACGUGCUGUGCGGUCAGGCCGGAUUGCUCCAGCUUCCCCCGGUGAGGAAAUCGAAGAGCGGUGACAAACCCGUGUGCUCGAUGCUGGCGGAUGCCAAACUCCAUCCAUAUCUUCGGGUAGACCGCAAAAAACUCAAGUCGGACUCUAGGACGGGGAUCGAGGUAUUCAAAAUCAGCAAGGUAGGUAUCGCGGCUCCGUGCACAAGAGGAUGCUCGCAUGCACAGUUGAAUCGAAUCGAAAGAUGAAUGGUAUUUCAGCGAGUAGCAGGAAACAUCAUCGCGGUGUCUCACGAUUGCGUGUUUUUCAAACUUGCUUUCUCUCAGAACGGCAAACUUCAGGCCCGGAGGCUGGGCAUAUCUCCGGACAAUCGCUGCUUGCUAGUCACCACCAACCGCGUCAACUCCUUCAAGAGCUUCCUUAAGGUGGCUACGGGGAACACACACGAUCCCAGCAGCACGAAGGUCAUCGACGUGUCUCGGAUCGAUCGCCUCAUCAAGGGGCAGUUGAGCAAGCGGUUUCUGAUGGAGAACCACCACUCGGACGACCUGGCGGCCGGUGGGGGGACCCACAGCCAGUCCAACUCGGAGGCAUUUUUGGAACAGCACGAGGCAACCAGCAUUACAAUAGUCUAUCGACAAACUAGAGCGGAGAGAUUGUCGUCGCUGUCCCUGUCUUCCGCGACGGAAGCCGGCGAUGCGUCGUACGGCGGCAGAAUCGGUAGCAGCAUCUCGGGCGGCCUCAACAAGACCGUGAACAUGAACGCGAGCGUUUCGGGCGACGAAAGUACUAUUGCGAGCAGGAGUAUUAAGAGCAAGGGUCAGAGCAAGGGACACGGCAAGGCCCCCGUAGAGUCUUGCGCGUAUUACGGUGGAUACGAGUGUCUGGACUUGUGCAUAACCGACCCCAAAGAUUUUCAGCAGCUGGUUGAAACCCUCGAGGAGCUGAUGGAAUUGUACAAGAAAGAGAGGCGAUGGAUGGAGCGAUCGGUUCUGUUGUAUCAGCACCACCGGAUAGACAUGGGCCGGACCGACGUCAGUGAUCCCAUUUCGCCAGGAGAUUGGAUCAGUCUUUGCGACCGACUCAAUGCCCCGCUCCGAAGGCCGGAGAUAAAAUCCCUCUACAAGGAUAUGCAAAACGAGCUCAAACGGGCAUGCAAAGAACUCGGUACGGAAUUGGAUUUCUUGGACAGCGGGUUGCCCCCUUGGGCCGUUGCCGAGUUGCUGAAGGACUUGCACUUUCAGAGCACCACUGCUAUGGGACUAAAGUAUACCAAACAGGAUCCAACGUUGCGGCUGUGGCACGAAAUCUUAGACAGUGACCCGGUUCCUAUCCUCAACAAAGAUGGCUCGAAGAACAACAUGGACACCAAAAUGAUCAACCAAUCGGCCAGCACCGACACGACAAUAUCCCCCGUCGCCUUGUUGAGUUUCAUAAGAUCUCAGCAAAAAGAAUUCAAGGCUAGCCUGGAGGAUGCUACGGAAAUCAUCAAAGCCGUGAAAGCGCAAAAGUCGUUCAAACACCUGGCAGCGGAAACAGGGGAUGCUGGCAACGGCAACAACCCAGGCGGUGGAGCUGGUGAUGGAAGAUUGACCAAGGACGAAUUCAUGAAUUUCCUUCUCUCCGACACAAACGACCUGAUGGAUCCGCGCAAGGGCAAAGUGAACGCGGACGACAUGACCCACCCACUGAGCAGCUAUUGGAUUAUGUCUAGUCACGACACAUAUCUGGAUUGUUGGAAUCCAGACCACAUUGUUCUGGACGAGCAAAUGUACCUCGCGGCUUUGUAUAGGGGGGUCAAGUGCCUGGAACUCGACAUUUUCGACGACUGCUCGCUAGCCCCGAAACCUGUUAUCGCCCGAGAGAAACCUACAUCGGUCGACGAUCCAUGCAUUAGCGUGAGGGUAGCCCUCAGGGCAAUACGACAAUAUCUCGUGACAAAUGAGAAUUCGUUCCCUAUUAUCGUCAACAUCGAAAACCAUUGUUCGUACGAGGCGCAAGAAAAAUUGGCCGACUACAUUUACGAGGAUCUAGGAUCGAUCGGUCUGAUUGUCGUUCCGGACAAUUCUGGUUCGAUUGAUAGCUCAGAUCUCUUGCCCAGUCCAGCAUCGAUGAAAGGUAGGGUACUAAUUAUGGGAAAGCGACCAUCCAUUGUUGAGGACGGCGCAAAAGUGAUCAACGAUGAUUUCGACGACGAAAACGAUGUUAGCAUUGACGAAGCCGAUUUCGCCAUUCCGAACGUCAAGUCUGAAGACGGUGAGGAUAGCGAGAGGGGCAUUGUUGUCGGGUUUGAUGCAAAAGGACCGAUCCGUGUAUACAACGAAAGAGAACAGAAAAAUACCAUCGAACAUUCCCCCGGAGAAUUAUUAUACAUAGCGAAACAAGAACUAGAGACAGCGGAAUUGCAAGCGGCGCAGGUCGAGAUGAAGGCAAUUGCUCUUGAGGAAGCAUCAUUGCGAGUCGAAAAGUACGCAGACGCUUUGAUUCGCAAUGCGGGGUUGUCGGACGAAGCAGUUGCAGAAUUGCUACAGAGGCUCAACGGAGAAGACAUCGAUCCGGAUCGUCACUUGGAUUCGCUCCCACGACGAGACGAAGGGGUCGAGGUAGAAGAUUUCUUUGCAGAUGCAGUCAAUUCCGCCAAGCUGACUUUUGCGAAAGCCGAUCAAUUUGCCCUACAGGCGGCCGAAGAGACAAACCGCGCCCUCCAGCAGCUAAAUCAAGCCACGGAACGAUUGCACGAAGCCGAAAAGCUCCGUGAAACUUCUUUUGUGAAGGGCAAAAGAGUAGUAUCCAAAUUUCAGAAGGCUGCUAAGAUUGCUCGAGAGAAACAAGAAAAUGCCGCUCACGCUCAUCGUCGAGUGGAAAAACUCCGGCAGAUGCUUGAAGAAUGCGAAACCGGGGCCAAUAGUGCAAACAAUGUUGUCAACACGGCCAUGACGGAGGCGAAGAUCAGUGAAAAACGAGCGGCAGAAACCGAGGCACGUGCGGCUAGGGCGGCUGCCAUUGCACAAAAAGAUCGUGCUCGCGCUGAAGAAGAGACUAGAAAGGAGGAAAUACUUGAACAAGAAGCAGGUCUUCUUCAUGAAAAACUACUGGAGAUAGCCAGGAAGGAAAAAGAGGUGAGAAUGGAAGCGCAAAGAUGUGCUGCGACGUAUGAAAAACUAAGCAAGCAGAUCAAGCUGAUUGAAAACAGCAGGCAAUUUAUAGAAGAAGAAAAAAUGGAAGGUGAACUCAGUGAAGAGAAUAAGGAAUUUCUUACCAAGGGUGGUAAAGUUCAUUCGAAGCAUGCUGCUAAGGUCGAGGAACGAAACACUAUUUCUCUUCGAAUGGAUCAGAUGGCGACCGAAAUCAGCGAAGCAGCCAAGCUACGAACUAUAUCACAGGACGCAUUUGAAAAGAAAGCGCAUGAGUGGAAGAGCCAGGCAGAUACAGCAGCUAAGUUUCGAAGGGUCGUAGACAAGAGCUCGCAUGCAGCUGAAGAUCUUGCAGAACACGCGGAAGAAGAGAGAGAAGCAGCAAAUCUACGAAAGGUUGCGAGAGAUAGAGCACAGUCCCACGUUACGCAAAAAGACUCGUACAAAUCAUCGUUGGAAGCCCAACUUGCAGAAGCGGAACGACACACGGUUGUGGCAGAUGGCGAAGCAGUUGCAAGUCGAAAAGAAGCAGAUCGCUUAGCCAAAGCUAAUGAAAGCUACGAGAAUAGCGGGUUUGAAGAUAUUUCUGCGAUCAUUGAGGGACGCAAGUUGACAAGAACAACGCUUCUAGCUGAAUACGAGAAGAAGAAAGAAAAUCAAAAAGCAGCGGAAGAAAAAGCAGCGGAGUUGAAGAAGGAAUAUGAGACCUCGGAUAAUGUCUUUUCGGGGGCAAAGCAGAAUUCCGCAUUGCACGAAAAGGUUUUGAAGAACCAACGGCAAGAAGACAAAAACGCUCUUUUAGCCGUUAACAGUGCUAAAGCAACUCGUAUGAAAGCCCAGCUCGCACUGGAGGAAGCUCGAUACGCCCAAUCAGUUGUUUCUGAGAAGCUGGUAGUUGUGAAGCGUGCGGAAGAGUACAAACUCAAAACCGAGAGAGUGGUAGAAAUUCCUACCCAGCUAGCAAACAUGACAUUUUUGCACACUCUGAAGCAAAAGUAUUGGGAAAGAAGCUUGCAGCUUCCCAGUACCCAUGUUCACAGUUUUGCCGACUGUAUCCUUGACAAAUUGGCCCUGAAGAACAAGGAUUCGUUUGUUGAUAACUUGAAAAACUUCACCUCAUCACAUUUGUGUCGAACUUUUCGCUCCUGGAAGGACGCCGAAGACUCCUCUCAACUGAACACGGAUCCGCUUUCCCAGUGGUCCCUAGGGUGCCAACUCGUGUCUUUGAAUUUUAGUACUUACGACGAGCACCUCCAAAAGGCCGAUGGUAGGUUCCGACGUAACGGAUCCUGUGGUUAUACUCUCAAGCCCGAAUUCCUUCGAUCCUACGAUUCUAUUCCAGAACGACCCGAGAGCUGGAAGAUCCACGUGUUAUCUGGUAGCUACUUGCCGACUCCUGAUUCGAAGCAAGUCGGAGGCAACGCCAUGUCAUAUAUUAAUCCUUUUGUGAAAAUCAACGUUUACGGAGGUGAUUUAGGACAGCGCAAGGGGGAGCACGUGACAAGCACUGUCAUGAUGAAUGGUCUGAAUCCUGUUUUUGACGACAAGAUGGGAUUUAUUUUCAAAGCUACUAGCCCUUCACUGGCAAUUCUCACAUUCACCGUAUGGGACAAGGCGGAGAAUGGAACCGAGGAAUUCAUAGGGGGAUCAGCGAUGCCUCUCUCCUGUAUUCGAGAGGGAUAUCGCAGUGUCCCCUUAUUCGACAAACAAAACACCCGAGGUGGAGCAUUUGCCUAUGCCUGUUUGCUUGUCAAGGCUAAGCGAAUGACGUGAAUUAGUUGAAGAGAGACAGAGAAGAAACUUGCCAAUUAUUUGGUUUUGCUGUGAACGUGUACAGUAUUAUGUUUUACACUAUUGUUAAAUUGUUUUCUGUUUAUGCCUGGAGUAGACAAUAGGAGCAUUCAAUCGUAUUUUAAAAUUAGAUCAAUGCAGGAAUAAACUAUAGCUCUUUAC